AUGAAACUUCGCUGCUCCUCUCACGGUCCCUGCCAGGCUGCGGCCGCUGCAGUGGAGGCUCCAGGAGCAAAGCUGCCGCCCGGGCUUCGCCUUGCAGCCCUACCGCACCAGGCUACGGACGAAGCGCUGCGAGAAAUUCGCGCCGCCUCUGCAAGCAGCGGUCUUCGCGUGCUGGAGCUGGGUGUUGGCUUCGCUUCUCUUCGUGCGCUGCUGAAAUUGCGACGCCACCAUGUAACUCGGGCCCGGAAAGUUUGGAAAUCUUGGACGCAGCAAAGAUUUGGAGCCGAAGUUCGCUUGCUUACCGAGUUUCCAGCCUGCCACAAGCUGAUUACGACGGCGUCCAACCUCAUGGGUGUGUCGGAACCACCGGGCGAGCUCAAUGUCAUCCUGAGAACCUACGAGCCAGGUGAUUGGCUUGGGCGGCAUGUGGACGAUGUCCGUAUGUUUGCAGAGCCCGUUCUUGCAGCGAUCUUGGAGCCAGGAGGUGUCAGGGAUGGUCUUCGCUUCACCUUGCCCCGAGACCCUGUGGCUCUCUCCGCAGCCCUUCGCGAAGCAGAGGACGCUCAUAGAGCCUCUCUUCGUCUUCACGAUCUCACAGCGUGUGACAGAUCCCCACAGCACUACCAGGUGCUGGAGAGAGCUGGGACUGCCAUUUGCCUGGAGCGCGAAGCUCGCUUUCUCUACGGCCAUGAGGUGCCCAAGGUUUCGCAUCCGCGCGUGUCCAUGACCUGGCGCUGGCUGCAUCCAAGGUUUCAGCAGGAGGUCGACGAAGUGCGGGAAUGGCUAGGACUUCGUGAAGCAUCGAGCCGAAAAGAACGGUGA